ACAAUUUCGCCAAUUUUUCCCAAGCAAACGCUGCCUCCACAGUAAACCGCUUCACGCAUUCCAAUGGCGCAAACUCUCACUCAGACCUUCAACCUAUUCAUCGUCCCAAAUCCAAAAUCAUAAAUCUACUAAACCCUAGCCCGCCAUUAAUUUUCUUCACCAUCACCAAAUCUCCUGUUCUUCGCUCCACCCACACAGAUCCAAACUCACAUCAGUCCCACUUCGCAACAUCCAUUAAACAAAUCAACAAAAUCUUCCCAAUCUAACCCCACCACAAAAUGCCUCCCCAUUAACCAAUCCAAUCCUCCAUCCGUCAUUUUUGCACCUCCGCCAUCGCCAAUGACGAUCCACAUUCCCAGAUCUAUAGCGCUCCUCUCUCUCCAGUACCUUUUCCUGCUCUUGUACAGUUCCGCCGCCGCCGAAGACGACGUCAGGUGCCUGAAAGAGGUCCGGACCUCCUUGUCCGAUCCCGACGGCAAGCUCGAUUCCUGGAACUUCUCCAACUCCUCCGUCGCAUUCAUCUGCAGAUUCGUCGGAGUAUCUUGCUGGAACGACCGCGAGAAUCGCCUCAUCGGAUUAGAGCUUCGCGAUUUCGGACUCGCCGGAGAUGUUCCCGAUUCUCUCCAGUUCUGCCAGAGCCUCCAAACCCUAGAUCUCGCCGGUAACUCCCUCCACGGCUCGAUUCCCCCCCAAAUCUGCUCCUGGCUACCUUACUUAGUCACGCUUGAUCUCUCCGGCAAUGGAUUGACCGGAAAAAUCCCCGACGAGCUCGCUAACUGCUCGUAUCUCCACACUUUGAUUCUCGACGACAAUAACCUCUCCGGAACGAUUCCUUUCCAGCUCUCCAAUUUAGCGAGGUUAAAAAAAUUCUCCGUCGCCAAUAACGAUUUAUCCGGUAGAGUACCGCCGUUUAACUACGGCACGACGGAGGUUGUUCUCGGCGGCAAUGGCGGUCUCUGCGGCGGCGGUUCAUUAGGGAAAUGUGGUGGAGUGAAUAAGAAGAGCUUGUCCAUUAUCAUUGUCGCCGGAGUUUUCGGAUCGGUGGCGUCGUUGUUGUUGGUAGCUGGAUUGUGGUGGUGGUACUUCGCCGGAGUUAACAAACAGAAAAAGAAACGCGCCGCCGCGAAAGACGAUUCCGGCGGCGGCGGUUGGACGGAGAUCCUUAAAGCACACAGGCUAACACAAGUGGUGUUAUUCCAAAAGCCGAUUGUGAAGCUAAAAUUGGCUGAUCUGUUGGCUGCAACGAACAAUUUUGACGCCGAAAAUGUCGUCGUUUCGAGCCGGACCGGGAUAUCGUACAAGGCGGAUUUGCCCGACGGAUCGACGCUGGCGAUCAAACGGCUAAAAACGUGCAAAAUCGGCGAAAAGGAGUUCAGAAUGGACAUGAAUCGAUUAGGACAGCUUAGGCACCCGAAUUUGGUGCCAUUGUUGGGAUUCUGUGUCAUCGACGACGAGAAGCUUUUGGUUUACAAGCAUUUGCCGAACGGUCCACUCGGCGCAGCGCUGCGCCGAGCGACGCUCGUCUUGGAUUGGCCGAUUAGGUUCAAGAUUGCAUUGGGUGCGGCGCGGGGGCUUGCGUGGCUGCACCACGGGUGCACCCCACCGAUAAUGCAUCAAAACAUUAGUUCGAAUGUCGUUCUCCUCGACGAAGAUUUCGACUCCCGGAUAAUGGACUUUGGGUUGGCGCGCCUCGCGGGGCGGUCGGAGUCGAACGAGAGCAGUUUUGUUUGCGGCGAUUUGGGCGAGAUCGGAUACGUCGCUCCCGAGUAUUCGAGCACGAUGGUUGCGUCGAUGGAAGGAGACGUGUACGGCUUCGGCGUCGUGCUUCUUGAAUUGACGACGGGUUUAAAGCCGCUCGACGUGAGCGCAGCCGACGAGCGAUUUAAGGGUAAUCUCGUCGACUGGGUUAGCCAUUACUCAGUUUCGGGACGGGUUAGGGAUACGAUCGAUGAGAGGCUACGGAGGAAAGGCGACGACGAUGAUAUACUUCAGGUCGUUAAAAUCGCGUGCAAUUGCGUCCUUCCUCGUCCGAAGGAUCGGUGGUCGAUGUACCAAGUCUACGAGUCGCUUAAGGUCAUGGCGGAGGCUCGUGGUUUGUCUGAACGGUACUACGACGAGUUCCCGAUGCUGUUCGGCAAACAAGGGCUGACGAGCCCUAUUUGAGAGAUCGCGCGCGAUACUGACGAUUGUUUGCUUAGAGUUUGAAUAUUUGUUGUUCAUCGAAAAUUUGCAAACUCUUACCGCAUUGUUAUGUAAUAUCGAAAGUCGACAUUACGAGCACGCUUUGCAGCUUUUCCGGCAGUAGCCGAGGGAAUCCUCGCUGCCGACCAUGUAAACUGGAUUCUUCUCGCAUUCACCGGCGGCUGCCCACCCGGCGCACGAUUCGUUCUCGUCAACGCACUUGUCACCGGCUGUUUUUGCGCGCAGGUUGUAAGAUCGAAUGUGAAUCCACUUUGUCGCCGACCAUUUGUCGCCUUUGAUCACGGGACAGCUGCCGUGCAAGCUCAUCGGAUCGGUGGUUCCGUUCGGGUGAAGACUGAAGAACAACAGCGCGUCGCCUUUACUCGGUUUCACUGCCGGAAACGAUCGAUCAAAUUAGUAGUAAAAAAUUCUAUUCGAUUCAAUUCGACGAUUCUUUUAAGGUAGAAUUACAUAUAACAGAACCUGCAAAGCCUUGUUUAGCACAAUCCGACCAGUCGUCGCCCUUAAGCUGUCUGUGUUUCAUCUGCAAUGGAUAGAACGAUUGGUGUAAGAACUUAAGCUUGUUCUUUCUAUAAUUUUUUAACAUAUGUUUUCAAACAAAAUUAAUACACUCUAUAUAUUUAUUAUUUUUA